AUGGCGGACACGAGUAUGAUGGAUGCCUCGCAGCCACUCUUUGAAGGCUGCACAUUUACGAUCAUUCCCACGACGCUCACUCAAGACCGCGUUAUCGAGGUUUCUCAGGACAUCGAACAAUGCGGCGGAACAGUGAAGUCGUUCGACAUCGACGUUGGGCGCAUAACAGGCCUUGAAGAGCUCGAUUACAUCGUCUCAGCAACCACCGACUUCCCCGACUACUAUCGCGCGCUCGAUUUGAUGAUACAUGUCGUUAAACCCGCGUGGGUGGAGGACUCGCUGAGGAUCAACAAGAUCAAGAACCCCAGGACCUACAGCCCCGAUCCUGUGCUGUUUUUGUCCGAUGUGGUGGUAUGCUGUGGCGAUGGCAUACCCGAGGGCGACAAGGAAGCAAUUUUUGGCGGAGUGCUGGCAAUGGGGGGCCAAUAUGGAAACCAGCUGUCAAAGCUGACCACACAUCUCAUCGCGCUCAGCAUGGAAGAUCCCCGAUGCGAAAUGGCCGUGAAGAAGAGGCUGAAUAUCAAGAUCGUUCUGCCUCAUUGGUUCAAUGACUGCCUAAAAGUUGGCUGGCGUGUCAACGAGCGACCGUACCUGCUACCCGACCCAGAAAUCAUGAACGUAGAAGCUGGCGCUAUUCCACCCACCACCGCGAGCGCAGAUAUCAAAGAUGCGACGAAUCCAGAACCAGCUGGGCCUCCAGCAUCACCUCCUGCAUAUCUAGCGCAACCGCGGGCAAUCAAGGCUUUUGACGGCAAGAAAGUUAUGCUAGGAGAAGAUUUGAAUUUGAACAAAGAUUUGAAAGAUGUUCUCACAGGCAUGAUCAAGGCAGGUGGUGGCUCUAUGACCAACAGCGUCGCCCAAGCGGACAUCUACGUUUGCAACUACCGCAAGGGUGAGGAAUACGUCAAAGCCUCGCAAGCCAAUAAAGACGUAGGCAACUUGAGCUGGCUGUAUUUCCUGAUCACCCACGAUAAAUGGACCAACCCGAUGCGUCGAAUGAUGCAUUAUCCGCGGCCACCACCGCCCGGGAUUGGUAACUUCCAGGACUAUAAGAUCAGCAUCUCGAGCUAUACUGGAGAGGCGCGCGUCUAUCUCGAGAAUCUGAUCAAAGCUCUCGGCGCAGAAUUCACUAGGACGUUCAAGCAAGAUAAUACGCACCUCAUUACGGCGCACAGGAACAGCGAAAAAUGUGAGGCGGCGGAAGAAUGGGGCGUCAACAUCGUCAACCACCUUUGGUUGGAAGACAGUUAUGCGGAUUGCAAAGAGAAGAGCCUCACAAGCGAACGAUACACGUAUUUUCCCCCGCGCAUGAACAUGGGAGACAUCCUGGGCGCCACAGAGAUAAAUCGGGAAGCAGUGAAGAAGAUGUAUUUCGCAAAGGGUAGAAAGAAGGAGCCGGAAGCCAUGUCAAAUACGACCGCAGGCGUGAGUCGAUCACAUACUGAUGGCGAGGCGCAGACUCCUCUGGCGGGUAAAGCGGGUAGGCGAACGAAGACCGCUGGUGAUGUGGCAACGCCUGCUCGAAGUCGUAUCGAUGGCAAGGAGAACGAGACUCCAGGGACUACGGGCAGUCGUGGGGCCAAAGACCGCGCCUUAUCAAACCUCCACGAUGUUAUGGAGGACGCCAACAAGUAUCAGAAGGAGGCAAAGCGAAAAGGAGGGGUUAUCCAUGGCGGUCGGCGACGGAAGGAAGAUGAAAUAGUAGACAAGGAGAAGCGGAAAGGAGGUCGAGAGUCUACAGCAAGCAAGCGCUCCAUCGACGAAGUCGAAGCCGACGACGCCAGUACGGAGGAAGAAACCGAGGAAACUGCACAGAAGAGCAAAAAGGCUCGCAAAGGACCGAUUGCACCUAUCAAAUAUCGCAUGCUCGUCUCUGGUGACAAGCGAUGGCAGGGUGACGGCGACAAGGAAUCGAAGGACAAGGCACGCCUGCGCGAAAUCGGUCUAUUCAUCUUGGACGAACCCAAAAAGGUCGAUCUGCUCUGUGCGCCGAAGGUCGUUCGCACCCUCAAGUUCGUCGCGGCUCUUGCAGACGGCCCUCAGCUUGUCGGUAGCGAGUAUCUUGACUACGCUAUCAAACACAACAAGCUGCCUGAUGCAAAGAAGUACCCACUUGACUAUAGUGAUUUCAGGAAGCAGCACGGUGUUGACCUUUCCGACGCCAUCACUCGCGCGAAGCAGAACAAGCAUCGGCUCCUCAAGGACUUUACGAUCUUCUGUACGGAAAAGGCCAAAUUCGAUGUGUACAAGGACAUCGUCGCCGCCAAUGGAGGUAAGUGCCUCAAGUGGGACAAUCGCACCACAGCUGUUACAGCAUCCAAGCGCAAGAUCGAAUCGCAGCCCAAGGAAGUGUCGCAGAAUUUGGAGGAAGACGAAGGCGAUGUGCUGUACCUCAUCUCGGAACUCCAAAAGACGGAAGUCAAGUUGUGGACCAAAUUCCGGGAGCUAGCAAAGAAACACGAUAUGAUUCCUAGGAUCGUAUCGACUGAAUGGUUGCUCAACGUUGCUAUGGCGCAGAAGAUUCAUUGGAAGCCUGAGUGGGAGCUUAAAGAGGAGGACGUCUCUAAGAAAUAG